AAGAGUGGAGCUACUUACAUGUGUUCUGAUAAACACCUACUUGUGACUUGAGACUAGAGACUUGUGAUUUGUCUCCAAAAUUUCAAUUCAAUUUGAACCUCAAAAAUCCCUCUAUGAUUUCCCUAUCUUUGGGACUCAUUUCAACACACAUCCACAAAAAUUUCAUUUUUCCUCUUUCUCUGUCCAUGGUUUCUCCUAUUUUGUUGACACUACUAGAACCUCCAAUCAUUGAUCACUCACUUGUGUCUCCUCCAAAUCUCUCAAUUUCCUCAUUUGGGUUUCUUAAUCUUGUAGUUUUCUCCACUGGGUCGAUCUCAUUUUUCAGUAGAAUUGUUUCUACAUCUUGAAAAAAAAUAGUUAAGUUGUAUAUAUUUACUCUGUUUCUUCGUUGAGGCGUUUUAUCGAACACUUCCAUGGCCUCUAUUGGGUCUCUUCCUUUUGUUAUAGAAACUGGGGCAGAAAGUUCUGUCCUUGUUCAUAGCAGAAGGCAACAUCGACCCAGUUCUGUUUUUGCCACAUUUAGGCCAAGAAAGUCCCCCGCUUUCGCGGUGUUUAAUUAUUCAAUAUGUGGUUUUUCUUUGUGUUCUGAUAAAAGAGGACAUUUAUGGAGGAUUAAGCAUGUGAAAGCAACGGGAAGAGACUCUUUGGAAGGUGAAGGUGGUAAUGAAUCCGAGGAUUCACUUGAGGCCACCAUUGAGAAAAGCAAGAAGGUUCUUUCUAUGCAAAGACACCUUCUUCAACAGAUUGCUGAAAGAAGGAAAUUGGUAUCAUCCAUUAAAAGUAGCAUUGCUGAUUCAGAAGAAAGUGAAGUUACUAAUGAACGAAGGGAUAACUCUUUUCCAGAUUUGGAUCUCACUUCAACGAGUGGUAGCAAUGUUCUUGAAGACCAAAAUGGUAGCCUUCUUUCAAGCAGACAUGCUAACUCAACUGCCAAUGAGGUACCAGAAUUCGUCUCUUCAGCUGUUACCAGAGGUUCUGAUGCAGGUGGGAAGGCAUCUAGAAAAAGUUUGUCUCGUAAAGAGCCAUCCUUUAAUAUAGAUUCUCCCAAACAAUUGAAAGGCACUGAUACAGGGUCAGCGAGGUCCAAUGAACAGCCAUCUUUUCUUGCACAUACCUCUGAAAUUUCUAGUCAGAAGGAUGAAGAGUAUGAAGAUAUGAAAGGUCCAAGUUUACAAGGGCUUACCAGUGAGACAAGUGAUCAUGUCACUAAAGAUGUGAAAGCCCCUUCAUUGGCUGGAGCAAAAACCAUGCCCGACAAGUUGAAAGACACUAAGUCAGGGGCAGCUCGGUCCGGUGAACUGCCAUCUUUUCUUCAGCUUAUUGCAGAAAGUUCCCUCCCUAAGGAUGAAGAGCAUAGAGAUUCAAAGGGUUCAAGUUCACAAGCCAGUGAGGCCAGUGGGGCAACUGAUUCAGCUAUUGAAGAUGCAAAACCCCCUCCAUUGGCUGGAGCAAAUGUAAUGAACAUUAUAUUGGUAGCUGCAGAAUGUGCUCCAUGGUCUAAGACAGGUGGGCUUGGAGAUGUUGCUGGGGCUUUACCAAAGGCUUUGGCCCGGCGUGGACACAGGGUCAUGGUUGUGGCACCACGUUAUGCCGAUUAUGCUGAAGGCCAAGAUUCUGGAGUCCGGAAAAGGUAUAAGGUGGAUGGCCAGGAUAUGGAAGUAACAUAUUACCAGGCCUAUAUUGAUGGUGUGGAUUUUGUUUUCAUUGAUGGUCCUCUGUUUCGUCACAAACAGAAUGAUAUUUAUGGAGGAAGUCGGGAGGAUAUUUUAAAACGCAUGGUAUUGCUUUGCAAGGCAGCUGUUGAGGUACCUUGGUAUGUUCCAUGCGGUGGUGUCUGCUAUGGAGAUGGAAAUUUGGUUUUCAUUGCAAAUGAUUGGCAUACCGCACUGCUUCCUGUGUAUUUGAAGGCAUACUAUCGAGACAAUGGUUUAAUGACAUAUACAAGAUCUGUGCUUGUUAUUCAUAACAUAGCUCACCAGGGUCGGGGGCCUGUGACAGAUUUUUCCUAUACGGGUCUGCCACCACAUUACUUGGACCUUUUCAAACUUUAUGACCCUGUUGGAGGUGAGCACUUAAAUAUCUUUGCAGCUGGUUUAAAGACAGCAGAUCGUGUAGUCACUGUUAGUCAUGGAUAUGCAUGGGAGGUUAAAACUGUUGAAGGUGGUUGGGGUUUGCACAAUAUCAUAAACGAGGUUGACUGGAAAUUGAGUGGCAUAGUGAAUGGGAUUGAUGCAAAAGAGUGGAACCCAAGGCACGACGUCCACCUUACAUCAGAUGGUUACACUAAUUACUCACUGGAGACACUGCAAACUGGCAAGCCGCGGUGCAAGGCAGCCUUACAGAGAGAGCUUGGUUUGCCUGUCCGUGAGGAUGUCCCUCUGAUAGGUUUCAUUGGGAGGCUUGAUCACCAAAAAGGUGUCGAUAUCAUAGCUGAGGCAAUUCCAUGGAUGAUGGAGCAGGACGUGCAACUAGUCAUGUUGGGUACUGGCAGAGCAGACUUAGAACAGAUGCUGAGGAACUUCGAAAACCAGCACAAAGACAAAGUCAGGGGAUGGGUUGGGUUUUCUGUGAAGACUGCUCACAGGAUAACUGCAGGUGCCGACAUUUUGCUAAUGCCAUCUAGAUUUGAGCCUUGUGGAUUGAACCAGCUCUAUGCUAUGAGUUAUGGAACAAUUCCAGUUGUUCAUGCUGUUGGUGGAUUGAGAGACACUGUGCAGCCUUUUGAUCCAUUCAAUGAGUCAGGGCACGGUUGGACAUUUGAUAGCGCUGAUGCAAGUAAGCUGAUACAUGCAUUAGGAAAUUGUUUAUGGACUUAUCGAGAUUACAAAGAGAGUUGGGAAGGACUCCAGAGACGAGGGAUGACGCAAGAUCUCAGUUGGGACCAUGCUGCAGAGAAGUAUGAGGAGAUCCUUGUCACUGCCAAGUACCAAUGGUGAGGAGUCAGAGUUUGAUGUCUGUAAUUUUGACUCCGCAAAUCUUGAGUAGUCUGGCAAAAUUUGGUGCCCCCCAAACUUGAAGCGAGCAGUGGUUCACAGAAAAAAUAUGGUUUUACUUCAGUCUUUUAAGCUUUUUUAGGCUAGUUAAGGAGGCCUGGUUAUUCCACUACAAGCCCUGCAACCUCUUUACCUUUUGAUACAUUUCAGUGUUAUUAGCUUCAUAAUAUGUAACAAUUUUUAUCAUUUGUGGUUGUGAUAAAAACUGUUGGUGUAAAAUGCUAUAAACUAGUGACAGAUUGCAUGGCUGGAAUGUGGCUUUGUCCAUACUCCAUAUUUUCUCUC